GUUGCGCCUUCACGGGUCCUGACGCUGUCAAUGCGGACAGCAUGCUCAGCAUGAGCUCCCUGAAACUCGGCGAAAUGCUCGCGGAUAAAUUCACUCUGGAGCAUCUCGGUAGCCUGCAGACGGUAACGAAGGCUUUACGAGAUGAGCAGUUCAGAUUCAGCGUUGAGGUAGACGUCCUGGGGAGACUUUCUGCAUUGCUGUCCAAGCUUUCUGAUGAGAUUCAGGUUUUCAGUGAAGAGGACCAAGAACAACAGUCUGCUUCGCUGUGCCUUCAGCUUACAGCUGAGUGCUUCCGAGCCCAGCGAAAUGCCUGUGUGCAGUGUCCUCGCAACCAGUGCAUUCUAAGGGAUCAAGGUUGUAUCCAAUUAUCGUUAGGAAUUUUGGGAAAACUUCUCAAGCUUUCAUCAGGAACCUCUGAUUACCUCUUUGAUGCACUUCGAUGUGGGAUUCAGUUUCUCGGUAAUAUUGCAGUCGGGAACCAGCUCUGCAAAGCUGACAUUUGGGACCAUGGUUUUCCACACAUAUUUUUGGAUCUGCUGGAGCUGUCUGAUGAGAAGGCUGUGGCGUAUACAUGCAUGGUGCUGCACACCUGUCUGGAUGAAGACAAGACCGAGCAGCUGAGGACCGAGCCGAGGCCGAUGAAUGUGGCCCUGAAGGUCGUUGAGCUGUGUAGGACCCUGCCUGAUGUAGACUGGACGGUUCUGAUUGUCACACAGCACUUCUUCAGAUCAGCUGAACUCACUGAGAGGAUGUAUGCAGAGAUGAAUGAUCAAGAAAGGCUUACGUUACUGGAGCUGAUCUUAGCUCAGCUUGGGGAAGGUAAAGAGGACUCGCUGAUUCCUCUGAGAACAGCCCAGUUCCUGGUCUCCUGCUUCCAGCACAGCUGCAGAGUUGUUCUCUCUCUUAGCUCUGUCUCAUCGGAUGAUGACCAGAAGGCCUUGGCAGUGAUCAUGCUUCUGGAUAUUCUCUGUGAGAUGACCUCUGACCAAAGGACGUUCAUGACCCUGCAGGAUCACCCAGACCUCCUCCAAACAACAGUUGAUCUCCUAAAGGACGUCCACUUGUUGGGGAAGGCCAGUAAGAACGUGUUCAGUGCAGCACAAGAGUUCAGCACCUUCACAAGGCCUGGGGAUGCUAGCACUCACCCUGCACUCAGCUUCAAAGCCCACCUCAUCCGGCUGAUCGGAAACCUGUGCCACGGCCACACAGCCAACCAGGAUCAGGUCAGAGAACUGGAUGGUAUAGCCCUCAUCCUGGACAACUGCAGCAUAGACAGCAACAAUCCCUUCAUAAGCCAAUGGGCUGUCUUUGCCAUCCGAAACAUUCUGGAACACAACUUGGAGAACCAGAAGGUGGUGCAGGGCCUGAGGAGGCAGGGGGUGGCUGACGACUCAAUGCUGAGAGAGAUGGGCUUCCGUGUGGAGGAGAGGAAUGGGAGCCUACUCCUCAGACCACUAAAGAAGGAGGAGGAGCCAGGAGAGCGCUAAGCCUGGAACAGCGGCGUUCUUCCCACCCCAUCCCACUCCUCGGCACUCUAAAUUACACUCUGGAGACAGCUUAAGACACCCACUGAGUCCGUUGUGCACACAGAAAACGCAGAGGGCAUUUUGAUAUCCAAUCAGUAUUGAGAACACAAGGGAGAAAGGGGGGGAGGGUUCCCUGUGCUUUGUGCCGUCAGCACAAGAGGAAUGCUGAGGGGCUUUUCUGCGGGGACUCAUGCUGAUGUCUGUGAUGCAUUUAGUGGUCUUUGAUUCCAGCUCCCCCCUGAAUAGGAUUCAAAUCCUCUGAAACAAGGAGACCCAUGUCUUCCUGGCUUUUCAGCUACCAAAGAGAUUCUGGUGACCAGUAGGGAAUAGAGGUUAAUCCCUAAUCCAGUGAGUUUUAUAGAGAGACCUGGGGCCUCCUGAUCCGUUCACAUAAGAGUUGACUCUCAAUAGCCGUGGGACUUGGUUCCUCUUGUUUUUGUGUUCUGGCUCUGUUUUUGUGUUUUAGAACAUCACGUUUAUCUACAGGUCUACACAAUCCCUGUGCUGCUUUUCUCUUCUACAGCUAAAUGAAUUCAUGCUGAUCUGUCUAUGUGGUGAUUCAGCACAGCUAAAUCCAUGAGUAUUCAUUUAGCUGAAGUUUGAGGCUAAAUGAGUUGAAAUUCUCUCUCAUUAUGAUGCAGAAGCUCCUCCUCUGGCUAUUCCGUCCCCUCACUGCUAGCUCUCUUUAUCCUUCAAGUCCUUGGAUGUGUCUGGGUCUGGUUUGGUCGAAGCGUGUCACACUACGCUCGAUCAGACCAGAAGACCAGAAGUAUUAGCUUGCAGGGUGACAUCUCGUCCACAGAAUGAGCUGAGUUGUCCUGACAUCUCCAUAAUACCCGGCCGCAGAGGCCUCUCCUCGCCUGUUUGCUCUGCCUCAUAUUUUUUAAUGACAAAAUGUUUGUGCGAAACAAUCAGGGUUGACUUUUCUCCCAAUCCAGGCUAUAGAGCAGGGAGCUUAUACGGUUCCGGUGGCCAGCGGUUCAGACGGCUAACAAAACACGUCCCCUUUACUUCUGCUCUGCUGGCUGCCUGCAAUGCUUUUCACACACAGGAAAAAGAGCGCUGAGCGAGGGAAUGAAUGAGGUGGCGCAGCGCAGCUAUUCAAACGUUGGACAGGGAGGAGAGGAGGGCCCAGCAAGAACGCCAUCCAUGAUCGCACAUCGUUCGACUAAUGCAGUUGUGAAAAUGUUGAAAAGCUGUAUGGCUGAUGUACCUUAACCUACUAUAAAACACUUGAUCACUGGAUAUUCUGCUGUUAAAUAAAGAUGAGGAGCAUUGGUGGAAUUCAAGUA